AUGAGUGUUGGUCACGUAGCAGUGAGGAGGCCGCGUCGCCAGUGGGAGGCUGGGACCGUGGCUAGCGAGUGCGAGGAGCGCCCGGCGCCGGCGCCGCCCCCGCCCCCGCAGCCGCUGUGCGCGGCGGCGGCCGCGAGGCUCCACGGCGGCUGGCGGUGGCCCCCGGCUAGCGGCCAGCCCUCCGCCCCCAGCGCCACGGCCAAGCUGCAGCUCUGCCUGCGGCCGCCCGCCGGGAGCGGCGGGGGCGGCGGCGGCGGCGGCUUCGGCCAGCGCGUCGCUGACCUGCCCGGCGGGCCCCCGCCGCCCGAAGACGGCGCCUUCCUGGCGACGCCGCUCAAGCCGGGCCCCGGCGCCAGCCCCGCGGGGGCGGCGUCGGCGUCGGCGGCGGCUCAGGCGCGCGUGCAGCGGCGGCGCGGAGGCCUGGGGCGAGACGUGCGCGGCAGCCCCCGCCUCGGCGGCCGGGAUCCCGCGUCCUGCCCCCGCGCCGCCCCCGCCGCCCCUCGCAUCGCGCCCACCGCUGCCGCCGCCGCCGCCACCACCGCCGCCCACGCCACGCACGCCCCCGCGCAGUCUCCGCCGCCCGACAGCGAGCAGGGCGAUCCGCCUCCCAGGAAGGUGCGCCGGCCCUUCUACCGGCGCUUCCUCAGCUACGUAAAGCAGGCGUGGACCGGCGUCAAAUUCGCUCUAGACCCUGAGCUGGAGGACCUGGAGACGCCGCCGCGCUACCGGCCGGACAGCCUGGAGGCGCUGUGCAAGGCCACGCGCUUCACCGAGGACGAGCUGAAGCGCAUCUACCGCGGCUUCAAGGCCGAGUGCCCCACCGGCGUCGUGCGCGAGGACACCUUCAAGGGCAUCUACUCGCGCUUCUUCCCACAGGGCGCGAACGCCGGCCACUACGCCCACUACGUGUUCAACACGCUGGACCAGGACCACAGCGGCCUGCUCAGCUUCGAGGACUUCGUGGUGGGGCUGAGCAUUCUGUCGCGCGGCACGCUGGACGAGAAGCUGCGCUGGACGUUCUCGCUGUACGACAUCAACGGCGACGGCUGCAUCACGCGCGACGAGAUGACCGACAUCGUCACCGCCAUCUACGAGCUGACGGGGCGCCUGGUCGAGCCCUCGGCUGACGACGCCACCGUCAACGACAAGGUCGAGCGCAUCUUCCAGAAGAUGGACGCCAACAAGGACGGCGUGGUGACGCUGGAGGAGUUCCUGGACUGCUGCUCGCGAGACGAGGACAUCUCACGCUCGAUGGCGGUCUUCGAUUCGGCCUUCUGAUCGCCACCGCCGGCAGCGAGUUUCGCAGCCACCGCGGCUGCAGCACCUCAUCCCGAACUCCGAAGAACCGGCUUUUUCUUUUGGAUCUGAGAGGCACCUCUGUUCAAAAAUAUAGCAGCCCCAUAGAUUCGGAAUGGAACGUCACUUUUUGAACGAGACGGGGAUAUAUUUUCUUUGACGUAUUCUACAGGCACGAUGGGAGCGACAAUCUCACUUGCACCAAGCAGUUGUCGUAAUUCGGACCUGCUGAUUACUUUUUUUCUGAUUAUCGCUCACUUUUAUGUUGUUCGUACUUGGUGUACCAAAUUACAGUAUUCUUUUAUUUUGCAAAAUUGCUCCUCUGAACUCUAAGUUUAUCCUGCUUUUGUGUAACUUGAAAGUACCAAACUGAACUCUCCUGAGAUACGUAUUUAGAUUAUAAACGAUAAAAAUAUGUCAUUUCGUGACGCAGACAUCCUCAUAUUCAAUACAUUUGUCUAACUGUUCCACCAAAUUUUUUAUUUCAUGGCAAAAAAUUAUUUUUGCUUGUGGCCAGAGAAGAAAUGCACCCGGAUCUUAAUUUUCCCAGGUAGAUUUGGUCCCAUGAAACAGUUCUAGGAAGAAAUCUAUUUCAGUGUUACUUAGCUUUAGGAUGGUUUCGAAGCCCCGCACACCCAAUCUGGUUUCCCAAUGUACAACGUGCGGCGUAUGAAACUCCAGAACAAGGAUCGAUGUGCAUCUGAUGUUCUUCUCACAGUAUUAGGACGGUCAGUGUGGUGGACAACGACAGUUGUACUUUUGUAGUUAAACGGAUCUGCCCGUUAGUACAUCAUUAGUCCGCAGUUAUCGUCGUACUUUCCCAACAUUCUUUAUGAAUUCAUCGAGAUUUUAUGGCGUCACAAAAAUCAUUUAACAGCUUUAUGUUCUACGGUGCACAAGGAAUAGCGCCAAGGCUUCUUAUUAAGCCGAGGGUGCCAUCUGUCAGCAAACAAAACGCAUUUUUAAAGAAUGUUUAUUUCUCUCGGGGGAAUUUGAAAUGCUCGGAAACUGCAAAUGGAGUAAUCAUUUUGAAUUUCGUGUUACUUUUUGCCGAAUGUCCGUCAAAGUAGAGUGUUAUGGUUAUACAGUUUCAUAGUAGAAAGACACCUCACGAACGAAUCGCUCCUUUUGUGCUUGUAUCAAACCAGUAACUGGAGGUUUGAAUUCCUCUCUUCGUAUCAUACAAAGAGUCGGUCAGCACAUGACAUACAUUAUUUUUCGACCACUGACGUGUAAAAACUACUGCGUAUUUUCCUAAGUAGAUUUGUUAAAUUACUCGAGAGUCAAGUAGGAAGUAGCACUGCUCCGAGGAAGUAAAUAUAUUUUUGUAUUGCAGUACCACAUAUCGUAAUUGGCAUCCCAGAGGAGCGUAGCAGGCGUGCGGUAGCCAACAGAUGAAUAACUAGAAUGACCCCACUAAAUGCGAGUGAGUUUACUACCCGACACAUCUGACCGUCACCUGGGUCUUGGAUUUGUCUGUUCAGAUUUGUAGAAUACGACCUGCUGCCGGUGAAUUAGUGAUAACUAGUUUAACACUACACCACUAUUUUUCAGUUUGCAGAUUAAGUUACGUACGCAAACUGCAGCUAGACAGUUGCAAUAAAUUUCAAAUUUUAACGCCAUGUAAAAACGUGGUUGCAGUAAAUAUGUCGCGAGAAACACCAAACAGCCACAAUUAAGGUAUAAAUAAUUUAUUCAAAGAGCACCCAUGUUCCUACAGGUUCUACGGGAUUUGUUUGUUGAGAUCUCGUCAUGUGCAUUUUUAUCAUCGAAGCAUCAUUUUUAAGGGGCCACCAGGCAGAGCCAGUAUAACACUAAUUUACGUACAUACUCGAUAUGUUUUUGAUGUAGAAUUUAAUGAAGUACAGAUAACAAGCACUUGUUGCUAAUCACUUAACGGCAUAACACGUAACAAAGUGUCAAACUUCGUUUGUCUCUGUGGCCCCAAAGUAACGGAGCUCAACAGAAAUCUGACUUAAAACUUUUUUUCUAAGAGUUCAAUUUAAAGAUAAAUAUCUUCGCCAGUCUCUGCCGUCAUGAGAGACAAUGCAGCUUCAAGUACAUCAUAAAUAUUAUGGAUAGACAUUACAGUUUGUGAUUUCUUUACGAUUAAAUUAUAAUGUUCAAGGUUUUAUUAAUUUGCUAAUUAUUUGUAAUGUUCAUAGGUUAUCGGAAAACCAGCGAGACAGUUUUUUCUUCUCAGACAGUUUCUGAAAGGGCGUUACUGAUUUAAGUGAUUUAAAAAAUAAAUUAAAUUUUAAAUUACAAGGUAGGCUACUUAUAAUACUAGUAAUCUUUUACUUUUAUUGGUGGUAUGAAAGUACUGUUCGUGAAGAGUUUCUUUUGGUGCGUUAAUUUGGAGAGAAAUUAGAGUUUUCAGUGGUAUAAAACUAUAAAGUAAUCUCGGACAGGUCCUAUAGAAAAUAACCACCUAUUCAGAAACUACAACUCCUGUGUUUUUUACUGUACCUGAACGUGGUCGCCGCUCGAAACUAGUAGUGUCGUCUUAAACUAGUUAUCACCAUGAGACAAGCAGGAGGUACUUCGUUACAAAUCUGAGUAUUUAGAUACAGUCAUAUGAUGCCACAGGCUAAGACUUGUGACAUACUGCUGGGUUAUAAUAGGACUGAAGUCAUGGCUACAGCUAGGGAUUCAACUAUUUCUCUUUCCAAAUGUUUUCGGAGAUUCUUUUGCCAUUCAUUUUCCAAAAGGUAUUAUAAUGCAGGAUUAUGUACAAAUGAACGUGUGAAAGUAAAGAAGAUUUAUUCUUUUACGGAAUGACACGGUAUCCACUAACCUAUGCAGUGAAGAGCAAUUUCAUAAUUUCGCUUUCUUCAGAUUUCAAGUGUAUAUGUGGUUGACGUUGUGGGUUCCAUGGGAACCCAAAGGUGACACCACAGAUGUUUAGACGUCAGUGUAUUCAUCCAAGUCGCUUCACAAUACAUAUUCGGUUAUCCAUCCCACUGCAAGAGUGAUGCAGUUCACCAAAUAGGCCAGCUAGAUACAAGAUAACGGGUAAAAAACGCACAGGUGAACAAGACCAGCAACUUCAGACUCUAAAAAAACAGAAUUAGUGUAAACUGUAUUUUACAGUGCUGUUACGCCAUAAUCAGUAAUUAUUCACUGAAAAAAUUACGUUAUGAAGGAAAAGAAGUAUAUUCUGCAUACGCAUGAUGUUACUACAGAUGUUGACCCAUACACAACUAGUACGUCACUCUCACAUUUUGUUGUUCAAGAGACCGCCAGCCUCUGGUGAAGAUGCGUAUUUUCUUCGGCAUCUGCAACAAUCAAUGAAUUUAUUUUAAAGAUACUUUCCAAUAAAAUUUAAGCUGAAACAAAAAUUACACACAUCUGAUUUUCUGACGUAUUACCACCUCUAGGGACUCUCAGCACCCUUCUGUUCUUGAAGUUUGAUUUGAUACAAACCUUGUAAAGCCAUUUUAUGUAUUUGUACCAGGACGCUGCUAUUUUUGAAGCUUUAUUCAAUAGUUGUACAAUAGGCGAUAAGCUUAAUUCGGCUACAUUGUCGUUUUCAAACGAUAUGCAGUUAUAUAGCGCUAUUAGUAUAUACAGUUUUUACGUUAAAUAUCUAAUUGGUUUUGUAACAGUGUGUCCAGUAUUUACUUCCAUAUCUCGUUGUUGACGUUGUAGCUGUCAAGUAUUUCUGCGUGCUGUAUUUGUAGAGUAGAUUGAGUUGUUUUUGUUUAUAGAUAUUUUUUCUCGGCAGUAGUCGUUAAGUAAUACAUGUUGAAAAUCUCAUUUUCUAUAAAUAUUGGUUUUGUAACAAUAUUUCUACAAAUACUUCUAUAAAUAUUGGUUUUGUAACAGUAUAUCCAGUAUUUUCUUCCAUAUCUCAUUGUUGACGUUGUAGCUAUCAAGUAUUUCUACGUGUUGUAUUUGUAGCGUAGAUUGAGUUGUUUUUGUUUAUAGAUAUUUUUUCUCGGCAGUAGUCGUUAAGUAAUACAUGCUGAAAAUCUCAUUUUCUAUAAAUAUAAUAGCCUUAUGUAGAAGACUUCAAUGAAGUUCUAUGGUUACACAUUUAUCGUAUUCAUCUAUGGAGUGGAUUCUGAACUUAAGCAUAAAAAAAUUAUUAAAAAUUUCAUCGAAAUUUUAGAACAUGGUAACAGAUAACACGAUAAGCAAAUACUACUGACACAAAGCUACACAAUGAAUCUACAACCUCAACACAAUUCCAUGGAUGGAAAAGAUAAGUAUGUAACCAUAUAACAUCGUUGACUUUUGUCAAGUAAAGCUGCCAUAUUUAUAGAAAAAGAAACUUUCAACAAAAAUUACUCAACGAUAAUAUCUACUGUUGAGAAAAAAUAUAUGUAAAGAAAAACAACUCAAUCUACGCUACAAAUAUAAUACUCAGAAAUAUUUGACAGCUAGAACGUCAACGAUGAAAUAUGAGAUUAAAUACCAUUGAGAUAGAUAACGUAAAGAUUAUGUACACUAACAGCGCUAUAUAAUUGCAGAUCGCUUGAAAAUGGCAAUGCAACCGAAAUAAGUUUAUCGUCUAAUUCUAUAAGAAAAAAAGCAACGUCCUGGUGUAAUAUACAUAAAAUGUCUUUACAAGAUAUUUACUACGCUGCAGGCCCUGAGGAAUACAAAAUGAUCCAAACCUGUUACUCACUUUAGAGAGGUGUCUACAAUCAUCCUGCUGCUGAUGUGCUGCAUGCAGAAUUUUGCUGGAACUGGCUUGAGUAGGUGGCAAACGUUGUAUAGACAAUGUGAGUGAUUCUAAUUCUUUUAUGUAACCCACCUAUCUUGCUUCAAGGCGACCAUUCUGUAAAGAAGAGCAACAGCGCUUCUGGUGGCGUGUGCAUGAACCACACACAUACAGCAUUAAACAAGAAAUUUACGAACAUCGUCCAUCGUUACAAAUUGUAGCGGAUCGAGCAAGUCAAUACAAUUAGAAAUAAACCAGCUUUACUUUCACACCAAACUCCUUCAAUAAUCGUUUAUUAUGUCCACAUACUGCAACAAUGUGGAUUUAGAAUGCUAGGAUCUCUGUAUGCGCAGAUGGCAGUGUGAAGUGAAUUGAUGAGAGGAAUUGUCUGUGGCAGUCGGAAAACGGUACACACUCAGCUGUAUCUUCAAUGGAAGAACCAAUGAAACCUAAUGCACCUCAGUUUCAUCGAUAUACACAUUCAUGGCUGGAUACCGUUAAUAUGUCAGUAGUAGGCAUUGACCUUUUACUGCGUUGGCUUUGUCCUUUAAUCACUGUAAACCAAUAAUAAUUAACUUCCCACAGAACGACAACCACUCUGCAACUUCUGGCGUCCCGGAGCUAGUCCUGAGGGAGGAAAAGCAGAUAUAGGUCACUGUACACAACAUAUCCAAAAGAACUUUUCAUUGUGAGACACGUAUAGAACUGAUUCAAAUUCCUUCUGCAAGUUAAAAAUCAGUGUCACUCAUUCCUAGAACACCGAUCAUACAUCCCCUGUGAACCUACCGUACGAAGGUCUUAACCAAUUAAUAAACUGGUUUGUGUCACUUCAUCUCUUCAAGGACCUUCGCACCUACUCAGAAGCUACUUGCCAAGUUAAUCUAGAUACCCAUACAAGUGUUAAAUGUCUUACGUGUACGAUUAUCUGUGUUCUUCGUAGGAGAUACGUAUUACCAGUUUUGUGUGCAGUUCAUAUGUGGACCACUCUCAAACAUGUGUACAUUGUGUUUGUUUACGGAGGACAAUCAUAAAUCAGAAGUGAGUGUGUUGAGCAGUACAUUAACAGUGUUCGUGUUUUCACCUCACUCAAGCCACACCGAGCGUGAUAUGGCGACACAUAGAAGUCUGAUUCAAAAAUGAAGAGCAACACAAAUCUUUCGGAACAUAAAAUACUUCACAUUUAAACUGUUAUAUAUCUGUUGGUGUUAUUCAUAUAUUUACUGGAUGAGAUAGUGUUGUUUCUGAAGGUAAGUUUACAAUAUAUUUAUUAUACAUUUAGAUACGAAAGGGCAAUAUAUUGUCGUUGAAAAUUCAUAACAUACUGACGUUGUAACUAAAAUAUAUGAAUGUGGAAAAUUAAUUUAUUGCAUAUAUAUAUGUAUACAUGGGAAA